UCCCGUUGAAGCCAUGCUGCCGCUGUAAUCCAGUAGUUUUGAAGAUUUGUGCAGAAUAAUCCGGGUUAAAAUCAGUUUUGAGCGAGCGGUACACUCAGCGGACUGUUGACACAUUUGAGGCCGGACAUGAAGACCUUCUGCGGACGAGCCAACCCGACCACCGGAGUCGUGGACUGGGUGGAGGAAGGCGAGGAGUAUGACUACCACCAGGAGAUAGCCCGGUCCUGUUACGCAGACAUGCUGCAUGAUCAUGACAGGAAUGAGAAGUACUACCAGGGCAUCCGGGCCGCUGUGGCCAGAGUGAAAGCUCGUGGUGAGAAGGCCGUCAUUCUGGACAUUGGGACAGGGACAGGCCUGUUGUCCAUGAUGGCCGUCACUGCCGGAGCCGACUUCUGCUACGCUGUGGAGGUUUUCAAGCCCAUGGCCACCGCCGCCCGGAGCAUCGUGGAGAAGAACGGUUUCUCUGACAAGAUCAAAAUUAUUAACAAACACUCCACUGAUGUCACUGUGGGACCAGAUGGAGAUAUGCAAAUGAAGGCCAACAUCCUGAUCACAGAACUGUUUGAUACAGAGCUGAUAGGUGAAGGAGCCCUGCCCAGCUAUGAGCAUGCUCACCAGAAUCUGGUCCAGGAGGGCUGUGAGGCGGUCCCUCACCGGGCCACCGUCUAUGCCCAGCUGGUGGAGUCGGAGCUGCUGUGGAGCUGGGCUCAGCUGCAGGAGGUGGAGGUGGAGGGGACCCGGCUGGUGCCUCCGCCCGCCGUGGGUUGCUGCAGCGGAGCUCAUGCAGUGUGUGACAUCCAGCUGAGCCAGGUCUCUCCUCAAAGCUUCAACCCCCUCGGUCCUGUCUGCACCAUGUUUAGUGUGGACUUCAGUAAACCAGUAAGCAGCGCCCCCCAGUCCCACUCAUCCCGGUUCGCGGCUCACCAUGGGGGUCGGGCCCAGGUGGUGCUGUCCUGGUGGGACAUCGACAUGGAUCCCAGUGGAACCAUCGUGUGUUCCAUGGCUCCCAGCUGGUCGUACCCACAGCCAAAGAAGGCGCCGUGGCGGGACCACUGGAUGCAGAGUGUGUACUUCCUGCCGACAGAGAGUAAGGUGACAGAAGGGGAGGAGCUCAGCAUGACUGUCUGCCAUGAUGACUACAGUCUGUGGUACAAUCUGCAAACUCACAGCCAGCAGAACUCACACAGCGAGGCUCCUCCCUCUCGACCAUGCUGCACCUGCCAGGCACACCUGGUUUGGACCAGGCCGCGAUUCGGUGAACUCAACGACAAGCUUCGCACAGAAAGUUACGUCAGCGCACUGCGAAGUGUUCUGAGAGAGGACAGCGUGUGUCUCGGCGUCAGCGAUGGAAGUCUUCUUCCUGUGUUUGCUCACGCGCUCGGAGCCAAGAAGGUCUCCAGUUUGGAAAACUCAAGAAUGUCCAAACAAGUGAUCGAGCAGGUGUUGGAAGCCAACUCGAUGAAAGGAGGCGUUGAGCUGUUGGAAAUCAGAGCCGAACAGCUGAGCAGUAAUGAUCUGGGAGGAGAACUGAUCUCAGUCCUGAUGGGUGAACCGUACUUCAGCACCAGCCUGUUGCCAUGGCACUCGCUGUUUUUCUGGUACUGUCGCACCGCCCUGGCAGGCCUUCUGCGACCCGACGUCACCAUCCUGCCCUGCUCCGCCACCCUUCACAUGGUGGCCGUGGAGUUCCAGGAUCUGUGGAGGAUAAGAGCGCCGUGUGGAACAUGUGAGGGAUUUGAUGUUACCCCCAUGGAUGAAAUGGUCCAGCAAUCUCUGGAUUUCCACGAGUCCCGUGAGGCCGAGCCCCACCCUCUGUGGGAGUACCCGUGUCGCGCCCUGACCCAGUCCAAAGCCGUCAUGACCUUUGACUUCACACAGUGUGUCCCUCAACAGCCAAUCAUCAGUCAGGGCUCACUACCUUUCAUAAGGAGUGGUCGUUGCCACGGUGUCGCCUUGUGGAUGGAAUACAACCUAACCAAUGACAUCGCCGUCAGUGCAGGCCUAAUUGGACCGAUUAGCGAGCAGGGCGACUGCGAGUGGAGCCGACACAGAAAACAGGGAGUAUAUUUAUUCAGGUCGGCGUGGGACAGCUCAGGUGACAGCAGAGCCACCGUGUCUUACAGCUUCACCUUCGAACCCAGUUUAGGAGACAUCAAGAUGGACUUCAGCGUGGACUCUGAGUGAUGUGGAGCUAUCAGCGACUCAAGGAAGGACUCUUAAUUGUGUGCUUUUUCCUUCUCAACAUCAUGAGUGAAUAUUUAACAUGUGUGGUUCAGCCAGUAGGUUUGUUUUGACAGUUGCCUUUGUGAAAGCACUUGAUAUCUGAACAGUUGUAACAGGACCAUUGUCAUUCCUUAACUGAGCAGAGUUCAGUGUUUACUGCUGUUUUUAUGUUGCAGAAGUCAUACAUGCAGGUGUUCAGUUCUUAAAAAUGUUUUAAAAAAUGCUGAGGAAUAUGAAAUCUGUCAACCAAAGACUUUUACCAAUAACAAACAAUUAUAUUCAAUCAUAAUAAUUCAUGUUAAGGGCAUCUCAUAAACAAAUAUUUAAGUUUAAGAUUAAUCAUAUGCAUCACAGUUAGACGUCUGACUGGCUGAUGGAAAUUCAGACUGUUCAGCCUAAGUGUGUCUUAAUGGCCCGUUAGGUUCAUAAUGUGUGCCAAAACCCACAACUGUUCUAUUGUGUACCAGAGAUGACUGACAGAUUGAAUGAAUGAACAGGACACCAGUCCAGCAAAGCCUUAUGUUGUGUUGUAGAAAUGUUUUAUAAAGUUUCAUUUUGUUUAUCAUUAUUGUCGUCUGGUUUAUGACAGUUUCCUUUUUUUUAACAGUCUGCAGGGACAUUGGCUGACAGGGCGGUGACAUCACUGCUGAGCUCAAGUCAAAUCUAAAAUUACUUUUAAGACUUUUUCAGCAAUAAGGUUGAAUCCUGUAUAGAUAGUCUAAGUUUUCAGUGAGAAGCACUCAGAUGGUGUGGCGGCCUUAUACCAUCAGAUGACUGAAAUGAAGGAUGAAAAGGGUUGUAUUAAAAUUCUUAAAUGAAACGGGUUUAAUAUCUAGAAUACAAGUUUAGUAUAACGUUUUUGUUUUUUUAACUUCUGAAAUAUUGUCAUGUCAUGAUGUCACACACUCCAAUACAGGAAGUGGCAGCAUGCACCUUUAACGUUGGUUCGUUGUUUGGUUUUAAGAAGACUGAAAUAAAUGAGAUAAAAUCUCA